CCGUCACCAAGCUGGGUCACCUGGUUAAGGACAUGAAGAUCAAGUCCUUGGAGGAGAUCUACCUGUUCUCCCUGCCCAUUAAGGAGUCUGAGAUUAUUGACUUUUUCCUGGGUGCAUCUCUAAAGGAUGAGGUUCUGAAAAUCAUGCCAGUGCAGAAGCAGAUUCUGGCUGGCCAGCGGACCAGGUUCAAGGCUUUUGUCGCUAUUGGGGACUACAAUGGCCACGUUGGUCUUGGUGUUAAGUGCUCCAAGGAGGUAGCCACUGCCAUCCGAGGGGCCAUCAUCCUGGCCAAGCUUUCUAUAGUCCCAGUGUGGAGAGGCUACUGGGGGAACACGAUUGGCAAACCUCACACUGUGCCAUGCAAGGUGACAGGCCACUGUGGCUCUGUGCUGAUGCGCCUCAUCCCCACCCCCAGAGGCACUGGCAUUGUCUCUGCUCCUGUGCCCAAGAAGCUACUGAUGAUGGCCGGUAUAGAUGACUGCUAUACUUCAGCCAGGGGCUGCACUGCCACUCUGGGCAACUUUGCCAAGGCCACCUUUGACCCUAUCUCCAAGACCUACAGCUACCUGACCCCUGACCUCUGGAAAGAGACUGUGUUCACCAAGUCUCCUUAUCAGGAAUUCACUGACCAUCUUGUGAAAACCCACACCAGAGUCUCUGUUCAGAGGACCCAGGCUCCAGCUGUGGCUAACACAUAA